AUGUACGUAAUGCCAUACAGCCCCCGCCCCAGCUCCUUGCCUGUAUGGGACAGAGGCCACACACAUGCCUUCGAGCUUGCCUCCACACUGUCCUUCUCCCAUUCUUCCCCUCACCCAUCUCCGUUCUCCCCUCACCUUUCUUUCUCCCAUUCCUCCCCUCACCCAUCUUCCAUUCCUCCCCUCAUUCAUCUCUCAUCCCCCCCCCCCACCUCAUCCCCUCAUCUUCUCCUGCUCCUCCCCUCACCCAUCUCCCAUUCUUUCUCUCGCCCUUCUCCCGUUCCUUCCCGCACUCAUCUUCCAUUCCAUCUCCCAUUCCUCCCCGCACCAUCUCCCAUUCCUCUCCUCACCAUCUCCCAUUCCUCUCCUCACCAUCUCCCAUUCCUCUCCUCACCAUCUCCCAUUCCUCUCCUCACCAUCUCCCACUCCUCCCCUCACCUAUCCCCCAUUACUCCCCUCACCUAUCCCCCAUUCCUCCCCUCACCUAUCCCCCAUUCCUCCCCUCACCUAUCCCCCAUUCCUCCCCUCACCUAUCCCCCAUUCCUACCCUCACCUAUCCCCCAUUCCUUCCCUCACCCAUCCCUCAUUCCUUCCCUCACCUAUCUGAUAAUCCUCCUCCACUGCCCGAAAAGGCUGCCCCAAAAGGUUCUCGGGCGCACGGGGAGCGCCCUUGCGCGCUGCGCAGGAAGGGGGGAGGGGGGAGGAGAGCAGGUAGACGCGCCUCGGUUCCGGGUGGAGUGA